UUUCUUUGUGCGUCGGAAAAAGCUUUCUUAAGUUUCUGUCUUGUUAUGGGUAUUUAUCGUGAGAAUGUCGUAACAGGUCACAAGAUUCUGCAGAGUGAAUGGGCUAGGAAGUUAACGUUGGUGUUUGGCGUCUGAGUGAUGACGUCAUCGGAAAGCCGUCCAUGUGUGAUCAAGUUAGCAAUGGGGAGUGAUGAACCUGGUGAAGCUGUCAAAUUUUUAGUACUUUUUAGUUUGUGAAAAAUGCUCGACAAUGCCUGGACGCGCCAAGUAUGCCGUAUAUGUGUACGAUAUUCCCGUGGACAUAUUACAGAAGAUCUGUACAACACUUGAUAACGAUAAAGGAUGGAAAGAUCUCGCUGCAAAAUGCGGGUACAACAUGGACAAGGUGUCUUCCUUUGGCUUAGAGUACUGUCGCCCCCAUGGGAGUCCCACGGAAAGGCUAAUUGGGGAUUGGGGGGUGAGGAAUCCAACAAUUUUUGACCUGUAUGAAAAACUGCGCACAAUAGAUCGCAUCAGAGAGAUGAAAUUGUUGGAACCACUGUUGGAAGCAUCAAAAGAGUAUGAAAGACAGGAGCGAGUCCAGAGGGAAGCAGAGGAAAAAAAAGCCAAGGAACGAGAAGCUCAAGAGCAGGAAGCUAAGAAACGAGAAGCCAUGCAACAAGCUAAGAAGGAACAAGAAGCUAGAAAACAAGAGGCAAAGGCAGCUAUGGAAGAGGCUAAUAAUUUUGAUAAGAAAUCAGAGAAGUCCAAACGUAUGCCUGCAAAUCCAUUAACAGUGGCAGGCCCACUAACAGCAAACAAUGGUGGACGUGAAAAUGUGAAGUCUCAGUCUCAAAACUAUGCAGCGCUUAAUCAGUUGGAUUCACAAUUGGCGAAUUACGAAGCCUUAAACCUGGUUGGCAAUUCUGAAGAAGGCUGUAAAGGGUCUCAGAAAAAAGAACUUGGUGUUGAGUUAGAAGCAACAAAGGUGAUGCGCAGGAGUUAUCCCAAAUCUGAGUCCCAAGAUACAAGCCAAAGUAACCUUCAAAAUCCUGCGAAGGUCAACAGUGCUGCGCUAUCCCAAGCUUCUGACAAGGAAUUUGAGUUCCAAAUGUCAGAGGAUGAAUUAGCAAGUGCCAAAUCUCUGACUUACAGACCCAAUGAUCAGCUUGCUAAAGACAUCGUUGUAGCAGUGUCAGCCACUGCAAAAUUUAAGUACAAAGACUUGUCCUGCGCCACAAAUGGUUUUGCUGAUGGCAAUAAAAUAGGAGAAGGAGGUUUUGGUGAUGUGUACCUUGGUGUGUUGAAGAAUUCAAAAUGUGCUGUCAAAAAGCUUCGCCAGAUGGAAAUGUGGGAGGCGAAUCCUGAGCAGAUGGAGCACCAUAUAUCUGAGAUCAAGUCCCUUAUGCUGUACCGCCAUGAGAACAUUGUACAGCUGUACGGGUUUGCAGUGGAUGGGGACGAAAUUUGCCUUGUGUACCAGUACAUGGAUAAUGGGUCACUUGAGGAUCGCCUUCAGUGUAAGGGGGAUACUCAGCCCCUCACUUGGCAUCAGAGAAUCAACAUUUUGUGUGGUGGGGCACGAGGGAUACAGUACCUUCAUACUAUGGACCCAAAACGCCCACUUAUCCAUGCAGACAUUAAGAGCGCAAACAUUCUCCUGGACAAACAUUUUGAAGCGAAGAUUUCUGACUUCGGAUUGGCAGAGCAUGCAAAUGCUGGUCAAACAACUGGGAUGUUCACGCAUGUCUCAAAGAAAGACAUGAAGCACAAAAUGUAUAAAACCAGGGCUUACUUGCCACCUGAAUUUUUUAGCAAUGGGCCCUCUAUUAAGUCAGAUACCUAUGGAUUUGGUGUGAUAAUUCUGGAGACAUGUACAGGUGAAAAAGCCUUUGAUGAAAAAAGGGAGUCAGAGAUGUAUCUGGGUCCUUAUGUGUGUGCUCUAAUGGAAGAGCAGAAUGAUCAGACAGAAAAAGAGUGGCCCAAUUGUCUGGCUAGUCUACUGGACUUUCGAGCUGGAAAACCACCUGCCGACGUACACCAACUCCUCAAACUAGCUCAGAGGUGCAUCAGCGAAUUAAAGAAAAAGCGUCCAACUAUGACAGUUGUUCUAGAAGAGUUAGAGUUGUUGGACAGAAAUUGGUGUGCAGACACAGUAGGUGUGAUGACCACAGCUGUUUUUUCACCUGAAGCUCAUGUAGAUGGUGCUAGACCCACACCCAUUCAUUCUCCAGGGCAUGCUGCUGCAGCUUUGGCAUACAGUCCAUCUCUCAGAAGUAGUUUGCCACGAAUGGCAAGCCUGCCAUGUACGUCAACACCUUCAUGGCAUCCAGAAAAAUGUCUGACUAAGAGCCAUUCAGUAGACGAAGUACCAGAAUCUUUGAGGCUACAGCAGAUGUACGACAGCUACACGUACAGGGAGCGCGUCAGAAAAGUCGCACGAGAAGUCUUCCAUGAUGGAAGCAUGGAAGAUGUCCCUGGGAACAUUGAUGGUCCAGUGAUCGAGGAUCCGUAUCGAAGCAAUCACUUAGGAAUGGAGCCGUUCGAUGCUCCAUCGUCCCUAGAUUCAAAUAAAAGUGAUAAGACUCUGACAGAGAAUUCAUCGGAGCCAAACUUGUCAGGGUCAGAGGACAGUGUGAGUCUGUCAGCGAAUGAAAUGAAUCAAGGAGUUGGUGAGGAUGGCUCUGACUUGGCCAAGAUUCAAGCCAUGGAAGAGUUUGACCAGGCACAGACAGAUAUUACUGCAGAACCCAUUGAUUCAGACGUUGUUAAUGAGAAACUGAAAGAGUUGAAAGUAAAUGAGGAUACCAAGACUCCAGAUGCUAGUCCUGAAAUUAACACUGGAAACAACAUGCCUCUGACAUCUACGUCCUCCGAACAAACUAAAAAAAUGGCUAGUUUCUUUGACAAGUACGCAGAGGAAAUGGCAAGUCUAAACUGUGAUGCUUCUGGUCAGGGGGUUGCUAGCUCUGGCCAAACUCAUACAAGCAAUGGCAACUUUGUUGAUUCUAACCAAACUGCAAUAGGUAUGCCUCAAGAAGGAAUGGUGUUCUGUGGCAAUAGUAUUGUGGAAGGAGAAGAAAUGGCAAUUUUGCUGGAUACAAGAUCAAAUCAGUACUUUGCAGUGGAUCCAACCACUCUUGACCCAGGCUUUUACCAUCAUCAGCAACUCAGCCAUUACAUGCAGUUUCAAGGGGAUAUGUCUGUAAAUAAAGACAAUGCUACAGGUUGAACCAGAAUUGUUGCAUUUGCAUACUGUAGUUUGAGUUGGUACAAGAAACUGUUCUGCUGGAAAAGGUAGAUAUCUGAGUAAAAGCUACAGGGGACAUAGAUCUUUGUGUUAGAUGUAUAUGCUUUGUCAUUUCAUGGAAGCUGAUAAUGGUGAUAGAUUUCCUGUGUUAAAAGCAUUAAUUGCUGUUGAAUUAAAGUAUUUUUCCAGAAAUUCAGUAGUCGUAAAGCCAGUUAUGGUGUUAUGUCUAACAUUUGAGUUGGUAUGGUGCCAGAAAUUAUAUUUGACAUUUGACUGAAGAAUAUGCAGCCAGUCCUUUUUUAACAGGUAUUGGAUUAAGGUUGAGACAAGAAGUUUUUUUCAGGAACAGAUCUAUAGUAGGGAAAACUGUAGUGUUGAUAAUUAACGAGAUGCAAGCUUUCUGAAGGUGUCUGUUCUGUUCUGUUUUUAGUCUUCUAACACAUUACAUGAAUUACCACAAGAUAAAUCCAUCAACGAAUCAGAUAAAUUAUUGUCCACUUUUGUACACGUAGUAUAUGUAUUUUAUACCUUGUUUACUCUGUUCUUGUGUAUUUAAUGGCUGAUCCCAAUUUGAAGCCUAUACUCGCUAUUGUUCUUGGUGGUUAUCAAGUCUAACCUUCACACUCAUCAUUUACAACAAAAUCAGACAAGAAGAAAAUUGUUAUUUAUGUCAUUGAUGAUCACAGUUAAUUCAAAUGUUUUGUUACUGAUGUUAUAUUUACAUUAUGCAUGUACAUUUGUACUUUAUGACGAGGGAAAUGAGGAUUGAUAAAAGAGUUUAUCUUCCGUGCUAUUAAUGAAAAACAGAAGUGAAUUAUUUAGUAAUGGUGCUAUGUUUUGAGGUGAUCUGUAUAUUUACAACAGUUUCUUGUAUUCCAAAAAUGGUACCCGUAAAGAAAAUGUUUACAUGUGUGCCUGAUGAAAACUUCACAUUGUUAUGUGGUGCUAGUGUAAUUUCUUGUCAUUUGGUCUACAGAUGCUGUAUGACAAUGCUGUGAAUUUGAUUAUGUUCAAGAUGUAUGAUCUAAUGUAUGAAAUUUACUUAAAUAGUGAAUAUUUUGAGAUAUGCAUGGACUUUAAAAGCAACUUCAGUUUUCAUUCAAUUGUGCAUUAUUUUUAUCUUCCAUUAGCCUUUUAUACAAGAAACUGUUAAUCUUUUGCCUGUGAAAAAAGAGUCAAUCUUUUGGCCAACUCUUUCAUGCAGGACAAAGCUGCCAUGAACGUGACAUUGUAACUUUUUAAUAAUAGGAAUACCAUAAAGAUUUGCCAUUAUGUCCUGUUCCUUCAGAUCCAUAAAUUUAAGAUAAUUUCCAGUCUUGUUUCAUGUAUACAUGAUGUUUAGUGCUGGUAACUGGUCAGCAGUUUAUGAAGAUUUUUGGUUUAUUACAGUUUUGCACCUAGCAUGCAACACAUUGAUUUGAGAUGGGAUCCUACUGAAAUUAGAUUUGGUAAAGGUACUGACAUGCUGUACAUGCAUUUUCAAUAUGUUCUGACAGGAAAAAAUGCAACCAGUAGUACACUAUUUUUGCCAAUUUUUCUCAAACUUCUAAAAAAUAUUGAAUGUUUUAUUUGUGCUGUUUCUCAAGCACCAUUUUACACAAUCAUUUUAAUUUAUGAUAGUAACCAUCUAGGAUUUUGUGCAUGUCACUUGAUUACUGUUACGCAAAGGUUACUCUUAUAAUGUGGCAAUAGGCAAUAAGUUAAGAUUGUUCACCCCAAUGAUUUAAAUAUGAGGCACAUCAGCUUUUCACUCUGGUGGCUGGUCCACCUGUACAACAAAUUGCCAUCAUUAAAAAGAAAACUUCAUGAGUAUGGCUUUAAGCAACAGUCAGAUAAAUGAAUAUAUGGUGUUGGGUGGCUUUAUACAAGUAUGGCAUGAUUGCCAUGUAUAUGAGGAUAUUUUAGAUAGGUAAAAAUGAGUUCCUUUCCAUCAAGUCUUUCCAAAAUGAUGUCAAACAUUUCGUUUUCAUGAGUGGAGACUUAAAUCAUGAGACAUUUUUACUGCCGUGACGUGCAGUGCAGUUUUGAUGGCAUUUAUGCCUCAAUCUUUUGUUACUGUUUUGAGUAGAGGACCUGUGUCACAUCUUUGAACUGGCUGUGUGUAAAGUGAUCUCAGAUUUUAUACCUGUGAACUCAAAAUUCAGGAUCACCUUAAUGUGAGUUAUUACUCUGGGGCUCUCGUAGCACUGACAUGAACAGGUGUUGAACACUAGUACAGGUACCAGCAGGUUUUGUGAUACUUGGCAAUUACUCAUGCACAAGUACAGGGAAAAAUUGAACUAAAUAUUACCUGAUGCAUGAUGCAUAGUUGCUCAAAGGAAUUCAUACAUUUUAUGCUACAUACCAAGCAAAGUUUGCAUCAAACAAUGACUACGGAAAACAAAACACAUAGAAAGAGGUCCUCAAAGCUGUUCAUAUAACUGUCCCAUGCUUGCUAAAAUACUUGGCAGAUUGAUCUGGAUUGCCAUACAUGCCAUACACUUACAUCCAUAAAGCUAUGACAUACCUCCUUUAUUUAAAUAUUUGUGCUUGCUUAGUCAAAGUCGUCCAUAAACAAUUCUUACAUGCAUCAUCAUAUUUUUAAGCAAAGGGGUAAAACCAUGUUUUUAUACAAUUUCAUACAUGUAUGCUUGAUUGUUUCAAAAGCUAUACAUACUACAUGCCCCUCAUAACGCUGGGUGUUUUGCUGGUGAAAAAAAAAAAAGACAAGAAAAAUGUUCAUGACAUACCUGCACAUAAUACUGUAAGUACAUGCUAAGUGUUCCAUAAAAAGUAAAGCUCAGGUGUUAGAGGGCCAGCUAUUCAGGAGCAAAAAGCCUUUCCAUUUUUUUUUCUAAACCUUGAAAUUUAUAAUGUAGGCCUACAUGUAUGUAAAAAAUAAAAUUACACAUUAUGUUCUGGAUUAUUGUUCACAUAUUGGAUUAAUGAACGAUUUUUUUUUUCAGAUUUCAUUAACUACAUGUGCAUAUACAUGUAGAUACAUACAUGAUGGUAUACAAUACUUAAACUUGAUAGAACAUUAAUUUGUAUUCUUUUAACUUAAAUAUGCACAAAAAGAUUUUGCUCAUAGUAAGACAAAAGUGUAAUUUAUUGUGAUUUGAUGAAUUCAUGCAGGUCACGUGCCGAGUAAGGAAGUGGAAUUUCUACCCUUGCUGAAGAAAAAAGUCAGUACGGUAUGCAUCAAUGAAUUCAUGAAUAUAUUCACAGACAAGUGCAUGUAUUUGAUACCUUGAUAACUUCUAUCUGAUGUCGUAAAAAAAACACCCAGGCUGAUUAUUUGUUUUUGCAGAAUGUCACAAUUUAAUUUAUCUCACUGGACAUUGAUCCUUGCUUUCAAGCAAACUUUAGAACAGAUUGCACUGCCUGUAGAUCGUCCAUACAUGUUCAUGGAGAGAGGAUAAAUUAUAGUGUUCUGUUGUGUUUGAGUGUGUUUGUUUAAAUGCUGCGACACAUAAACAUGUAUGGUAAUUUGUUACGUUUCACUGAAUACUUUGCAAUUUGAUUAAGGAUGAAUUUACAUGUGUAAGCCCUUUUAUGAGAGUGCAGACUUAAUCUAACUUGGGUACAGGUACAUAUAUGUAUGUGAUUGUGGCUAUGUUCCCAGUGGAUAUGUGAUCAUGUCUGCAUUUAGUAUUUCUUGUGGAAGUUAAUACAUCAUUCAAGCAAUAUACUCAUUUGAAAGGUGUGAGAAAAUUUUCUUCCAGUCAAUAUAAAUAUUUACACAUGCUGAUUGUUGGUGUAAAGGUUACACAAAAACUAAGAUGAUAAAGGUGCAGACUGAUUUUAACCCAUAUAAUUGUUAAUGAAAAAUGGUAAUGUUAAUAUUUGAAAUGUUGAUUGUAUAAGAGUAAUAAUGUGUCUUUGGUUGCUGGUGACCAAAAUCUGUGAUAUUUUAUGGACCCAGUUGUGCGUGUGUCCACUAUAUAUGUAAAGUUAAAAAGAUUGCAGUCAUCAGCAUUAAUAAACAUACAGAAAAAUAAUCAAAUGUUGUAUUUUAUUUAUUUUAUGAUAAAUUUGAAAUUAUGCUUAGUAAAUGGUUAAAGCUACCAUACAGAAAUGUAAAAAUCAAGUGAGCAUUAGAACCACUGAAAAUUAUGUUCUAGACCAUCACAAUUAGAAAGAACCGUACCAUUUCCUAUCGUUUUGUACAUGUUUUACUGAAUUAGAUACAGGUACUAUCAAGAGGUUGAAUUUGUGUUGUGUUUCAAGGACAUACUGUUAUUGCCAGUGUUAAUUGUGUGUCCCAGUGAUGCAAAACCAAGUGUUUCCAGUUUGUUCUUUCACCCUUGGAAGAGAUUUUGGGAAAGUUUAUUGGUCUGAUAUCUAUUACUUUACAUGAACAAGUGUCACUU